UGAGUACAAAUGUAGGUGGUAAUCAAGUGGAGACAUAUAUUAAAUAUCCAAGCUUUUGAUUCGUACUGGUUUUUUAUGUCAUACUCACAACGCCAUGAAGGCGGCACUCCUUCCACGCCGACGAAGUUAUUGAUGUAUAUGAGGUGCUUCCACCAGUCCUGUCGGCAGCUGUCGGCGACGGCAAUCUUGUCCGGCCACAUGGGCCCGUCCCCCAGGUACAUGUAGAGGUACACAAAGGUCACCAUGACCAGAAAAUAUAGGGAGGGGUCAUUCUGAAUGAACAUUGAUAUUGUGUAACGAAGGGCAAACAAUUGAUCAAUCGAUGUGUUACGUUUAAAAUAAUUAUUUGAGAUAUUAAUAAUUAUAAAUAGAACUCAAACGAAAUAACAAGACACUAUUAAUUACAAACUACUCGAAUUACAUAGUAGUGCACGAGUAUUUAUGACUUACCUACAGAGCUUGCCUCAAUAGAACUUGGGCAAUGUCUUGAUGAAUGUGUACGAGUAUUUAUGACUUACUAACAGAGCUUGCCUCAAUAGAACUUGGACAAUGGCUUGAUGCGUGUGUACGAGUAUGUAUGACUUACUAACAGAGCUUGCCUCAAUAGAACUUGGACAAUGUCUUCAUGAAUGUGUACGAAUAUUUAAAACAGAGCUUGUCUCAAUAGAACUUGGACAAUGUGUUGAUGAAUGUGUACGAGUAUUUAUGACUUACCUACAGAGCUUGUCUCAAGUGAACUUGGACAAAAUACUUUGAUGAAUGUGCGCGAGUAUUUAAGACUCAUCAACAGAGCUUGCCUCAAUAGAACUUGGGCAAUGGCUUGAUGAAUGUGUACGGGUAUUUAUGACUCACUAACAGAGCUAGCCCCAAUAGAACUUGGGCAAUGGAAGAAUGUAACUAACAUACUAGAUACCGGCAUAGUGACGAUGAAAACGUUUCCAGCAACGCCCACACUGGAGGCUGUUAAGGCCAAGAUCCCGGUCCUCUGCUUCCGGGUAGUCACAAGGGGCCUGUACCCCGACCUCGUGAAGACCUAUGUGGAAAGGAACAUCAAGACGUGCUAUAAAGUGGGUCUUGACAACUUAAAGUUUGAGGUGGUGACUGAUAACGCAUUGAAUCUCCCCAAGUCUGCACUGGUACGGGAGCUCGUUGUACCUAACGACUACCAAACGUUGAAGAACUCGCUGUUUAAGGCGCGCGCGCUGCAGUACUGCAACGAGCCGUCGGUAAACAUCCUCUCCAACGAUGACUGGGUGGUGCAUCUGGAGACGCUGCUAACCGAGAGCUCCACCAUCGAACACGCGAACUUUGCCAGUCAGGGCCACGGGGUAAUCGGGCAGGGCGUCAUCUCGUAUGCCAAUGAGGAGAUGGUCAACUGGUGGACCACCCUGGCCGACUGCGUGCGCGUCUCCGUGGACCUGGGCAUGAUGAGAUUCUCAUUCAGCAAGCUCGGCUGCCCGCUCAUGGGGUUUAAGGGCUCUUACAUCAUCGUGAAAGAGUCCGUGGAAAAAGACAUCGGGUUUGACUUUGGACCGAAGGGAAGCGUGGCGGAGGACGUAAUGUUUGCGCUGGUGGCCUGGGGCAAGGGAUACAAGUUCAACUUCGUGGAGGGGGAGAUGUGGGAGAAAAGUCCCUUCACGCUCGGGGACUACAUCAAGCAGCGAAAGCGCUGGUUUGUUGGUCACGUGUAUACCCUUUUUAGUCCUGAAGUCCCAUUUAAGUGCAAACUCGGCAUGAUCCCAACAGAUUUAGGCUGUUUUCUACUGGUUGGGAAUAUUUUGAAUUUUCCAGCCUCGUUUGCGUUUCCAAUCCCACUUCCGCUUGUGCUGAAUGUUACCGCUGGAAGUAUGGGAGGACUGAUUCUGUUAUUGUUUACAUUCGGAUCAACAAAAUCAUUUAGGUCGCGAAAAUAUGGACUAUUCAGGAAAAUAUUGCUUAUUUUCGCUACAAUUCGUAUUAUCCCACUGGCGGCCUGUCUGGAUGCCAUCGCUUCGGUGUACGGAUUUUACACGCGUAAUUCCAGGGGUUUCCAUAUCGUUAUGAAGGAAACACAGAAACAAACGAAACGACAAUCGUCUCAGAUCGACAUGGACUUGAUCUAAUAGAAUUCAGGGCUAUUAGGAAUUAUGCAAACAAAAAUCGAGCCUUAUCAUAGUGCAUUUAUUUAUUUUGUUGUUUUGUGAGGAAAGUUUAUAUAUUUUCACAAAUUGACACAGUGGGACAUACGGUCAUCGACCUUUCAUACAUAUUUAAUUAGAUAUAUUGAUAUUUAAACUGAAAAUGUUUUCGUGUUACUGUCCAAAAGUAAGGAUGUAGUUCAUCACUUGAAAGACAACUCGUACAAUCAAUAUACACCAGCUCAUCCAUAGUGGUCUACCUUGAUUACGAGAUUUCUCGCACAUUGAAACAGUGCGUGUGUCUGUUUUGGCCUAAAUAAAUAACUUAGAUUUCAUGUUUACACAUACAUACGUAUUAUACCAUGUCAUUAAGCUAAUCUUGAUGCAAGUUGGUGGUCGCGUAUACCCUCUCGUGCUAACUGUUUAUAACUCCGUGGUUAAAAGCCCGAUUUUCUUUUAUAUUGUCCAUUCCUAAGAUGUUGUCCAUAUAUUUUGUAAUGGUGUUUAUACAUGUUUGUUCUUUAUACUUCAAGUUAUCUCAAUGCAUGCAUGGUACAAAAUUGUAUUGUACUCACAUACAAAUGGCUUGAAAUGCGCAGGGCUCAACUUGUUCUUCUAUCCUGGUACAUUCCAGCUUAAAAUCCUGGACUAAACCGAAUGUAUGGUUAUUCUCUUGUCAUUCGUAGUGUCUUUUUUUUAUUGCGGUCGCAUGUACCAAAGUUGUAUUGAUAAAAUGAACUAAGUCGAAUUAUAAAAAACAAAUCACGAAGACACAUUGUUGUAAAAUUAUUUGACAAGAGUUCUACAGAAAUCCUAAGAGAAUAACCGUUCAGCCGCGAUAAUGUGUUGAGUGUUUGUUAAAGUUACAAGAUCAAUUAAAUUUAUGAUAUGCCUAGUAAUAUCACAGCACUGUUACAAGAUAAGUAUUGAUGCAAAGCAUCAAAGGGCGCCUGGAAUUUCAGUGUAAAAGGCACUCAAUGAAGUGACAUGGAAUGAUUUUUUUCUACUGUAAAUAUUAAUAUAUUGGCCGAUUAUUUUAAACAAAGUAGAAAAAGAUACUGGUAUAACCAUUAUCUAUGAUUUUGUGUUAUAACCCCCAAAUAACCAUUAUCUAUGAUGUUGUGUUAUAACCCCCAAAUAACCAUUGUCUAUGUUUAUGUGUUAUAACCCCCAAAUUACCAUUAUCUAUGAUUUUGUGUUAUAACCCCCAAGUAUUUCAUAGUUUAUUUUAUUUACAUUGGUUUCAUUUUUUUUUUUACUGGCAUCCGUGUGCAGUUUUCAUUAAUGGAACACAACUCAGAGGGGGUUAUCACGUGACAAACAAGAUGGCGACGUCCAUGCCGAGGCAGGUAUUUUUCGUCGUUUUAUACCCUGUAUUACUUGUAUUAUUAUUUUUUAUUCCGCUCACUUUCCAGUCAAAUUAGGAAGAAAGUUACUGGCUUUUAUAGCAUAGUAAUAUUCGCUCUAUAUCGAUUUUACUCGGUGCGAAAUUUCUUAGCGGGAUGACCUAAUUAGGGCUCAACUAAGAAAAUUUGCGGGGAGUAAAGUCGAGA